UUAUCCAGCCGAGUGAUUUGAACAGUUGUUAAAUAGAAAAGAACGACAUCUUUUUAAUGGAUUAUAAUCUACAUUUAUUCUUCAGGAAGCGCAUGUGAAAAUGAAGUUUCUCGCUAUAUUCACUUUUCACUGUUGCCUACUCGACUGUGGUGUCACUGGUGUUUGUAUGGAUGGACAGUCCGUGUCAGUGCCGGAGGGAGAAUCACUCUAUCUAGACACCAAUGUUAAAGUAAACCAACAGCAAAGGAUCAGAUGGAGUUUCAGCGAUGUCCACAUUGCUGAAAUCACUGGAGACCUCAGUUUUAACUGUACAGGUGUUCAGUGCGAAGGUGGUGAUGGUAAAUUCAGAAACAGACUGAAGCUGGACAGUCAGACCGGAUCUCUGACCAUCAAAGACAGCAAAAUCGCAGACACGGGAGUUUAUAAACUGCAGAUCAACAACGAAAGCAGACAAACUGAAAAAAUCUUCAUUGUUACUGUAAUUGGUUUUUUCCAUUUUGGUUCACAUGGAGAACCUGUGUUUGUAAUGAAGGGUGAUUCAGUCACUCUACACUCUGGUGUUAAAACAAACCAGCAAGAUAAGAUCAGGUGGUAUUUUAACAACACACGCAUCGCUCAAAUCACUGGAGAUUUCACUGAAAUCUGCACAGAUGUUCAGUGUAAUGAAGGCAAUGAGAGAUUCAGAAACCGACUGAUGCUGGAUCACCAGACUGGAAAUCUGACCAUCAAGAACAUCACAAACACACACUCUGGAGUUUUUCGUCUUCGGAUCAUCAGCAACGACAGCAUCAGAGAAAUGAUCUUCAUUGUUGCUGUAUUUGACAUUCCUGGUGUGGAAAUGAAGAAAAAAUUAGUAAAGGAAGGUGAAUCUGUCACUUUAGAGGCUUGUUUAGUAAACAGUCAAAACUAUGUGACGACGCUGUAUUUUAAUGACACACUCAUCACUGAAAUGACCAAUAAGACCUGUUCAGGUGAACAGUGUGUAGAUGUAGAUAAGAGAUUCAGAGGCCGACUGAAUCUGGAUCAUCAGACUGGAUCUCUGACCAUCACAGACAGCAGGAACACAGACUCUGGAGAUUAUAAACUACUGGUCAACAGCAGCACAUUCAGCCUCAUGAAGAUAUUCAGUGUUAAAGUCGCUGGUGAGUAUCAUUGA